AUGGAUAUCGAGAAGGAGAAUAAAUUGGGUACUAAGAGGAAAGACACAUCGACUAUUACAACAACACCAAGUAAGAAACAAAAGAGGUCAAUCAUUGAAUACAAGAAUAAGUUGGUUUUCAAGCAGAAAUCUAUAAACUUGAGUAAACACACGAAAACAUUACAAUCUUUGUUAGAAUUCCACCAGUUCCUUAGCACUUUAAAUGACAAUCUCACUCAAAUACCAAAUGAACACCUCGAUUUAAUAUCUAUCUUAGUGCAAGAGUCCGAUAAGCAACUUCCUGACUUAAUUAAACACGUGAAAAGUCAAAUUAAACCUUCAAAUUUCAACUUUGAUAUCCAACAACACGCCUUAGAAUCCGCCAUACAAACCGUCGCGUUUUUCAAGAAUUAUGGCAUAGAAGGCGAUCAGUUACCUUCAAAAUAUAAAUUAUUCAAAUGGGAAGUUAAAAAUCUCGACGAUUUACCCCAGGAUGCUUUAGAUAACAUCAAACAAAGGAGGUUCGAUAGAGAAUUUUCUCAACAGAAGUUACUGGAAUCAAUAUCUGGUCUUGAUCAUGAUGACUUUGAGUCUGUUCUAUCUCAAACUGCUCAAACACCCUCAGCCGAUAAGGUAAAGAAAGAUGAAGAGAGAAUUAAAAAGGAAGAAGAAAAGCGCAAGAAGGAAGAAGAGAAACAAGAAGAAAAGCGCAGAAAGGAGGAAGAAAAGCUAGAAGAAAAGCGUAGAAAGGAAGAGGAGAAGUUAAAGAAAGAGCAUGAGAAACAACUAGAGAAGAACAGAAAGGAAGAAGAGAAAAACUCAGAAAAGCAGAAAGCUCAAAAGCAAUCAAACGCAUUUAAAGGCUUCUUCAGCAAAGUAGUUACCCCAAAGAAGCCAACUUCACCUUCAAAAGAUGUAUCUGAUUUUGAGAAGACAUUCAAAUCAUUCCACCUCAAACAAGGCUUCGAUAUUGCUCCGAUUAAUCGAUUUAAACCCGCUCAAUUUGAUGAUUUCUGGGGGACAAUCGACAAGACACCAUCAGAUUCUAUCACACUUGAAUCGUCAUUAGCUAGUAUACCAAAGUGGAAGCUCAUAAAGAAGAAUGCAGCGGUAGCUGACAAACACGCCCCACUACAUUCUAAAAUUGCACCACCUAUAGAUUUACGAUCAGUCAUGCAACAACUCUCAGAGGCAGAAGUAGGCGGAGACGAGAACAAAGCUAAAGAAAUACUUGAAUCAUUCAAAACGCGAUUUAGAGGAAAGUUGAGACAUAAAUUAUUAAAAUACCACGAAGAUUACAGACCGGGUUGGUGGGGCACAUGUACGAAAUCAUCCUCUACAGUGGGGCCAAGAAGACCAUUUGCAAAGGAUGCUUUACAGUUCGACUACAGCUAUGAUUCGGAAGUCGAAUGGGGUGAAGAAGAACCAGAUGAGAAGGGUGAAGAGAUCCAAUCGCAACCUGGAUCAGAUGAUGAAAAAGAUAAAGACAAUGAAUCAGAUGCUGAUAGUUGGUUGGUUAGUGAUAGUGAGGAUGUUGGUUUAGAGGAUAUGGACCUUGAUAAUAUGGAUAUACCGGAUCUUCGUGAGAAGGUUGACGAUCCAAUUGAGAACGCGAUAGCAGCAGAGAGACGUGAUGAGCGUGUGAAGGCAAAAAAGAAAAACAACAAGUCAAGAAAGCCAAAUCAACCUUCGAAACCUUACGUUUCUGGUCUAAAAUGGGAGUCUGACGAGGGACAGAUAACAUAUCCACCAUUCAUUUCAUAUCAGAUUAAGUUCUUUAAUGAUGCAGAUGUGUCCAUCAACCCGAAGGAAUUCGUCAGUGAAGUGAAACCAACACUGGUGACGCAAGCAAGUUCUACCACAGCAGCAACGGUAACCAACAAUCAAGACACAACCUUCAAAACACCUUCAAGUGUAGACAAACAGGAUGGACAAAUAACAAGUAUACCAAAAACGCAUUUAAUGACGUUUGUCCAAACAGUAGAGAACUCAUCAAAAUCACGCGUUCUCUUGAUAGAAGAACUAAGAGAGAGAUUCUCUGGAUUAAAUGGCCCAAAGAUAUCCAAAGUUUCUAUUGCCGCAAUGUUAAGCGCGAACGCGAAGAGAGAUGGCAAGAAAGCAAACUCAGCCUGGCACGUCUCUGAUAAUGUUAAAGAACAAAUUUAA